AUGGAAGAUUCUUCAAAUAAUAACCCCGCAAAAUUAUGUGGCAUAUGCAACAGUAACGUUAGUAAAUAUUGCUGUCCGCGAUGUGAAAUAUUCUAUUGCUCACUUGAUUGUUACAAAUCUGAGAAACAUUUAGACUGUUCUGAAAGUUUCUACAGAGAUUGUGUAAAUGAAGAACUCUCUUAUUAUCACGCUGGAGAUGACGCUAAACGUAAAAUGCUUGAUAUUCUCAAAAAAGUUCAUACUGAGGACUUAGAAGAUUUACCAACAAACAACUCAUUACAAAGUAUUGACCAGACUGAAGAACUAAUUGAUUCUGAUGAUGAUACAGAAAUAGAUUUACAUGAGCGAAUAAAAGGCUUGGAUCUUGAAGAUGCAGAUGCAAUAUGGAAUGCUCUAACAGAGGAUGAACGGAAUGAAUUUGAGGCAUUAAUAAAGGGAGAAAUUAGUUCAAUAUUACCCCAAUGGCAGCCAUGGUGGAUAUUUAGUAAAGAGUCUAAACUUGUAGAAGAAGUUAAAGCUUUAGAUGUUGUGGAAGAGCAUCUUAAAGAGUGUCCAUGCUUAAAGCCUGUGCCAAAGUUUAAUUCAUUAACAAAUGUAAAACCAUCACCAACUAUUAAAUUUAACAUAGCAAAUGUGUUGGCUUCAUAUGCAUUUAUUAUGAGGUAUUUCAAUGGGGAGAUAGAACCCAUUGAAGCAGUGACACUAUUGUUCGAUAUUUGUACAAAUCUUAGCACCAACUGCAAUUUCGAUGACUAUGCUACAGCAGUGGAAUCAGUGGCACAAAAAUGUCUUCAGAGCAAAUUUAUAGAAACAGAUGAUGUUAGUCUUGACGUAAUGAAACAUGAUACACUUCUGAUGAUGAAGGGACCUAGUGAUCAGAAAAAUAUGUACUACUGCAUGGCAGCACUCUCUCACAUUAUUGAAAUAUUCAGUCAAACCAAAUUACUGCUGAAAGCUUCAAAAACGAAAGAAACCAAGACCAAACUAAGUAAAGGGACAUUUUCUAAAAAAUUUCCAGACCAUAACAGAGAUUACUUGCCCAAAUUAGACAUUGGUAAUCUGAAGAAAAGCAUCAAGAAGAUGGAGUUUUAUUUGUCCUUUAUUGAAAGCUGUGAUAUUAACUUAUAA